UAUAAAAGAAGUGAGAGAGAGAGAGAGAGAGAGGAGCAGAUCUGGAAAGAAGAAGAAAGAAACUGUUAAAUUUUUUUAGCCGGCGGGAAACCGAUAAUUCGUGGGGGAAAAAGCUCCUCUUCUCUCUCCCCUUACAAUAACAUCCCUCUUUCGCUUAAACCCUAAUUCUCGAGAUCCCUCAAACCCUAACUAUUUUCAAUUACAAUUGGCGGAGAGAGCGAGAACCUUACCCAACAGAUUUUGUUUACUCUCUUCCUCCGAAUGAUUUCAAUGUCGUGUAUCUCAAAACCUUUGGAGGAAGAAGAAGAAGAAGAUACGCAAAGCAAAAUCGAACUCAACGACCACCACCACGCUGAAUCUGAUCUUCCUGUUCGUUACGCAUCUCUUGAGAGCGUCUACUCCGUUUCCUCUUCUUCGUCUUCAUUGUGUCGUAUUAGCGCCCCUACUGCUUCAUCAUCACAUAAGCAAUUCAGUCAUGCGGAUGGUGGUUUUGAGUUGCGCUCUCAUCGCCGACCUGAUAUUGUUCACGUUUAUUGUCGUCGUAAGAGGAGGAGCAGGAAGCGGCGUGAGUCUUUCGUCGAGUUAGCAAUAUCUCAGAAUGUGGGAGUGGAGCAAAAGGGUGGGAUUGUGAAAACUGAAACUACGGAGGAGGAGGAGGAGGAGGAGGAGGAGGAGAAGAAGAAGCCGAAGAGGAGGAGGGUUGGUAAUGGCGAGCUUAUGAAUUUGGGCGUGGAUUCUACUACUUUAAGUAUCUCUGAUACCCCGGGUUUAAGGGGGUGUCGAAUCAAAGCUGUGUGUAGCGGAAGUAAACAAAAUGGAUCCUCCCGGAAGAAGAAGAGUUUUGUCAAGAAUCAGGACAAGGUUCUCACAGCUUCUGCUACUGCUAAGAAAUGGGUCAGGUUGAGUUAUGAUGGUGUCGAUCCUACAACUUUCAUUGGGCUACAAUGCAAGGUUUUUUGGCCAUUGGAUGCUGUUUGGUAUCCUGGUUCCAUCAUUGGAUAUAAUGUAGAGACAAAGCAUCACAUUGUUAAAUAUGGAGAUGGAGAUGGCGAGGAAUUAGCUCUUCGUCGUGAAAAGAUCAAAUUUUUAAUUUCUCGUGACGAGAUGGAGUUGCUAAACAUGAAGUUUGGUACCAACGAUGUGGCCGUUGAUGGUCAAGAUUAUGAUGAACUGGUUAUAUUGGCUGCUUCGUUUGAGGAGUGCCAAGAUUUUGAGCCUAGAGACAUCAUAUGGGCGAAACUAACUGGUAAAUGUUAA